AUGGCGUCGUCCAGCUCUUCCGGCCUCAGCAGGCGAGGCGGCGAGGGCGCGCCCGGGACCGUGAGCGCGUUCGUGCGCGAGCACCUGCGGCAGCUGUGUCUGAGCGAGUUCCCGUGCGGCACGGGCAGCUGGAAUAAGUCUCGCUUUCUCCCUAAAAGCUGGCGGACCUGGCGGGAGCUGGUCCCCACGGAAGAGGAGGCGGUGAGCCCGGAGGAGGAGACGGUGGAGGCCCUGCUGGGCCUGGUGCGCAGCCCCCACUCGCCCUGGGCCCACGGGACGCAGCUGGGCUUCUCCUCCGCCGAGGACCGCUUCCUGAGAGAGCUGGCCAUCCGCAGCCCUCUGAAGCUCAAAGACACCUUCUUCUACUCCUACUUCCGGUCCCUGAGGGUGGUGGACAAGCAGGUGAGCCUGGUGGACAGAGACCUCCUGAAGUUUCUCAAGCUCGAGGAGCUGGUACUGAGUGCCAAUGAAAUCAAGGAAGUCGAUGCCUCGAAUCUGCCCCCUACACUCAAGGUGCUGGAGCUGUACGGUAACUCGAUCAGCAGCAUGGUGUGCCUGUGCACCUGCCCUCCGCCCCGGCUGCAGCACCUGGGGCUCGGCCACAACAAGCUCCUGGGCCCCUUGGAAAGUCUCUUCGUCACAUCUCAACACUGGCCCAACCUCGUCUCCCUGGACCUGGGCUUCAACGACCUGACGGACCUGCAGAGCAUGGUGGCCAGCCUGUCCACCCUCCAGAGCCUGCGGCUGCUGGUGCUACAAGGAAACCCGCUGGCGCUGGUGCCCUACUACCGCGGCCUCACGGUGGACAGCCUGGCCCACCUCUGUGUGCUGGACGACAUCACCGUGUCCCCCAACGAGAGGCACCAUUUCCGGGGGCUCAGCCGCAGCGCCGACCUCUUGGCACAUGAAGCACAGUUUCUGGUGACCAUUGGGAACAUCAGGGGCGUGGUGGAUUCCUCCAUCUUGGACCCUGAGCCAGGCCCCGAGGGCCCGUUCAUUUCCUACAACUACUACGUGACCUACGACUUCGUGGAGGACGAGGUGGAGGGGGAGGAGAAGCCGUCCAGCCAGGCGCUGUCGCAGAUGGCCAAUCCGUCCUCCAGCCAGGAGCUGCCGGAAGAGGAGAGCCACGAGCAAUCCUCCGAGGAAGCCAGCAAGGAGGAAGAGAUCACCAAGAGGUCCAGCAGUGUCGGGGUCCCCAAGGGGCCCCCCAGGGAGGCCGCCAGGAGCAUCACCAAGGAGCUCACCCCGCCCACGCAGCAGGGGGCCCAGGCGGUCCCUGAAGAGGCGGCCGAGGAGUCCGUGGAGUCGGGGGCCACGGAGCAGGGCCAGUCCGAGUCUUCUGUGCUCACCGUCCCGUCGCCCCGCCUGCAGCAGUCCACAGAAUCUGCAGAAGAGCUGGCGAAGCUCCGGCCGCGCAUCGACCUCCGGCUCUGCCCAUCCCCGGGGACGGUCCUCUUCAGCACGGUCCCCAAGCCCUGGGCGGACGUGAUCCCCUCUGGGUAUGAGAUGCAGCACACGCUCAAGAACCUGGUGCCGGUCAAGGCCUUCCUGCUGGCGGGGACGACGGUGACCAUCGUGGAGCAGAAGAUUCUCUCCUGGCCCCUGGUGCCUCUGGUUGAGAUUUCCGCGCCUCCCAAGAAGGGCAAAGGGGAGGACGACAAGAAGAAGGAGAAGGACAAGAAAGGGAAAGCGGAGGGGGCCCCCAAGAAGAAGAAGGAGCUGCUGCCCAAGGAGCUGCGGCAGGACCCGCCCAUCCUCAAGGUGCUGGGCCGCGGCCCGCUGCUGCUGGAGCCGCUGCUCAUGGGGGAGCCGCUGGUGUCCACCGAGUGCAACUUCGGCGUGGUCCGCAGCCUGGACGUGGACAGGAUGAUACUUGCCAGGGAUUCAAAGAAGACCAAGAAACCGAAAACUGGUAAAAAAGAGCAGACCAAGGCGGCGGUCCCGGCCUGGGAGAGCUCGUACCGGCCGCAGCCGCUGUCGGUGGAGGUGCAGAUCCAGCUGAGCCAGUACCGCACGGCGGAGGAGGCCUUCCACACCCUGGCGGACUUGGGCCAGUAA